ACUUCCUUUUGGAUGACGUUUUAUUGUUAAUGUGCCUCUUGAUAGUUUCACUUUUUAAUCAUUGUGUUGGACGUUUCAUAUCAUUCAGGACUUCAGUAAAUCUUACAUAUUGUACAAUGGGACACAAAAUUAUAAUUGUGAUGGUUGCGCUUAGCACAUUACCUUUGGUAACUGGUCAAUUGCCCGACAAACCGAAGCUGAUGGAGUGCAAGUCAUGUAAUGACUGUGACGACUACCUCCCAGAUGGAUCAGCGGUUGAAUGUUCGGGCAGCUGCUUCACUUACAAAGGUGUCACCGAGCAGGGGGGCAAAGUGUACAAAAAAGGAUGUUUGACGAGUGGUGGUAUAACAAUGAAGUGGGACCAAGAGGGAUGCUACAACAUGGAUGUCAGCAGCUACAUCGGAGAGAUGUGUGUUUGUAACGGUCAUCACUGCAACACCAGUCCACCUUUAACCAUUCAUCUGUUCACUGUAUUCAGUGCUACUGUAGCUUUUGCUUGUGUUAGAUUUCUGAUCUAAACUCUCUGGAAAACGUUCUUUUCAAAACCUAAUACGGGACCGAGAUGUUGUCAUGUCAAUUUCUAUUAAAGCAAACGAUAAUAAAAAUUAGAGUUUAGUCCGAUUUAAUAAAAAUAAUCAGUAGAUUUGUUAAGGUAUAUUAUUCAUAAGAUGAUAAGUUAAUUGUCAAUUGUGUACAUGGCUUUUUUCGAGACUAAUAUCUAAUAAUUUAUUUAUAAGAGGAUAAUAUAAUAAUUAAUAAAUAUUAUAAA